UAAACUUUUAGGAACUCGCUGCAGCUGCUGACUGCAUGGUGCCUACUUGACUCCCAGGAACCUCGGUGUGAUGCUCAGGACAUGGAACCAAACUAACUCCUGAAUGCUCUUUUGCCUCAUUUGCAUCGUCUUGCUGAAUUUCUUCUCUGCCACUAGAUCUCCAGCAUACAGAGCAGAGCCCAUUGGAGACCAGAGGGAGCUACACUGUGAGGGAAGUCAUGCUGCCCUCUCUGCACUGUUUGCUGCUGCUGCUCUGUGGGCUUCAGGGUCUGUGGGCUCAGGACUAUGAAGAAGACUACGAAGAGGAGGUGGUGACCCCCAAGAAGAAGAAGAAACUCUAUUCACCAAAUUCCAUAUCGCAAAAUGGCAGAUCUCUCGUGGAUGAGGACUGUGCUUUGGAGUUGGCCUUCUUGAUCGACAGCUCAGAGAGCGCCAAGGACAACCAUGCCCAGGAGAAGCGCUUCGCCUCGGACGUGAUGGACCGACUGCAGGGCCUGAGGCUGCAGACCGGCCGGGGCCUCAGCUCCAGAGCCGCCCUCCUCCAGUACAGCAGCCACGUGAUCAUCGAGCAGACCUUCAAACAGUGGAGGGGCACCGAGGACUUCAAAGCCCGCAUCGCCCCCAUCGCCUACAUCGGCCACGGCACCUACACCACCUACGCCAUCACCAACCUGACCCGCAUCUACCUGGAGGAGUCCGACACCAGCAGCAUCAAGGUGGCCAUCCUGCUCUUUGACGGCAUCUCCCACCCCAGGAACCCGGACAUAUUUUCAGCCGUGGCCGACGCCAAGAACCAGGGCGUCCGUUUCUUCACCAUAGGAAUCACGCCUGAAGCCAACGAGCCGGCUAACGUGGCCCAGCUGAGGCUGAUCGCCAGCUCCCCGGCUUCCCGCUACCUGCACAACCUGCAGGACAGAGGCAUCGUGGACAAAGUCAUCAAGGAGAUUACGGCGCUGGCGGAUGAAGGGUGUCCUCUGGCCCAGAGCAAGUGUGCAUGUGAGAAGGGUGAGAGGGGACCCAGUGGCCCUGCAGGUAAAAAAGGUCGUCCUGGAGAGGAUGGAAGCCCCGGUCCAAAAGGACAGAAGGGUGAGGGCGGUCUGAGUGGACUUCCAGGACGGGAAGGAUCAGAGGGAAAGCCGGGAUACAAAGGAGAGAAGGGAGAGAGAGGUGAAUGUGGCACACCUGGAAUUAAAGGAGACAGAGGUCUUGAAGGCACCAUUGGCCCAAGAGGAAACCGUGGACUUCAGGGUUUGCCUGGACCACCUGGUGACAUCGGACCUGAGGGUGUGAUGGGUAGAAAAGGGGAAAGGGGACUUCCUGGGCCACCUGGAAUCCAAGGGGAAACAGGGAUCGGCCUUCCGGGACCCAAGGGUGACGUUGGUUUCCAGGGACAACAAGGGCUUCCCGGUCCUCCUGGGCUCGGCGAGGCUGGACCACCAGGACCUCAAGGGCCACAGGGAGUCCAAGGAGAGAGAGGACCGACAGGAGAAGGUCUCCCCGGACCAAAGGGAGAGCGAGGCCUGGAGGGGCCACGGGGGCCCAGAGGACAGCCGGGCGCCGGAAUCAAAGGAGACAAGGGAGAUUUUGGCCCCCCAGGUCUUCCAGGGCCCCUCGGCCUAACAGGACAAGGCAUACAGGGCGAGAAGGGCACGGAGGGUCCCAGAGGGCCACCAGGCAGCAGAGGUCCACCAGGGGAGGGCCUGCCUGGACCCAAGGGUGACCAGGGGUUGCCGGGUGAGGCUGGCGCUCCAGGAGAAAGAGGGGCUGGAGAACCUGGAGCUAAGGGCGAGCCGGGAUCACAGGGAAUGUCCGGUUUGCCGGGGCUGCCGGGGGAGGACGGAGCUCCCGGACAGAAGGGUGAACCGGGCGCUGUGGGCCUCAGGGGGCUGGAGGGGGCACCUGGAAUCGGCACCCAGGGGGAAAAGGGCGACCAAGGCCAGAGAGGAAUAAGAGGUCUGACUGGUCCGCCUGGCAUCGCCGGACCUUCAGGACCAAAGGGGGAACCAGGGGCUCAAGGCAGAGUGGGUUCUCCUGGUCCACCAGGACGCUUCGUCAGUGGGCCCAAGGGUGAUGCUGGUCCAAGUGGUCCUCCAGGUCCGAUUGGGGAGACGGGUUAUGGACUUCCUGGUCCGAAGGGGGAUCGAGGAGAUCCAGGCCCUACAGGACCGUUUGGUCCCAAAGGAGACGGUUAUCCCGGCCCCAUGGGUCCUCCUGGUCUACCUGGACUCCAAGGAGAACCUGGACCCGAAGGAGCAGGAAUCCCUGGACCAAAGGGUGAUGUCGGAUUCCGAGGGUUGCCUGGUUCACCGGGACCUCCGGGAGAAGGCCUUCAAGGACAACCAGGUAACCCGGGUCGGCCUGGUCCACCAGGACCAACAGGACCUCAAGGACAAGGAGUUCAAGGGCCAAAGGGGGAACAGGGUCCUCAGGGCGUGGCAGGGCCGAGGGGACUCCCUGGAGAGGGUUUUCCUGGAGCUAAAGGUGACCGAGGCUCAGCGGGGGAGAGGGGGAUGAAGGGAACCAAAGGAGAUCUGGGAGACGCUGGAGUUCCUGGACAGCCUGGUCGCCAAGGUAUCAAAGGUGAAGCCGGCCUCACUAGAGAGGACAUCAUUCGUAUGAUCAAAGAGAUCUGCGGAUGUGGGAUCAAGUGUAAGGAGAGGCCCAUGGAGCUGGUGUUUGUCAUCGACAGCUCGGAGAGCGUCGGCCCGGAGAACUUCGAGAUCAUAAAGGACUUUGUGAACGCUCUGGUUGACCGGGUGACGGUGGGACGGAACGCCACCAGGAUCGGCCUGGUCCUCUACAGCCUGGAGGUCAGACUGGUCUUCAACCUGGCCCGCUACGCCACCAAGCAGGACAUCAAGCAGGCCAUCAGGAACAUCCCCUACAUGGGAGAAGGAACCCACACCGGCACCGCCAUCCGCAAAGCCACUCAGGAGGCCUUCUACAGCUCACGGGUAGGAGUCAGUAAAGUGGCCAUCGUGAUUACCGACGGGCAGACAGACAAACGGGAGCCGGUGAAGCUGGACAUCGCUGUGAGGGAAGCUCAUGCUGCCAACAUCGAGAUGUUCGCUCUGGGGAUCGUGAACACCUCAGACCCGACCCAGGCGGAGUUCCUGAGGGAGCUGAACCUGAUCGCCUCCGACCCCGACGCCGAGCACAUGUUCCUGAUCGACGACUUCAACACUCUGCCCGCUCUGGAAUCAAAGCUAGUGAGCCAGUUCUGUGAAGACGAGAACGGAGCUCUGAUCUACAACAGGAUAACCAACGGCUACAACGGGAACAACGGCAACAGGAACGGCUUCAACGGGAACUACGCCAUCGGAGGCUACGGCUACAGACCUGCACCCGAACAGGAAGUCCAGAAUGGCCGACAGACCGGCAGCCAAGGAGGCCGAGGCUCCAGCACAACACAAGGAGGAGGACGCCAGCAGGUCUUCACAGGAACCGAGCGCGGGGACACAUUUAACCGCAACACCUCGGACUACAUUCCAGUUCCCACUUCCAGAGAGGACUCCUCCAGCAGCCGAGGCUCCUCUUCAUCUUCUUCAUCCUCUACAAAUAUAACCACAUCCAGUGUGUCGGUGCAGUACAUUCCUGCUCCACGGCCGGCUCUUCCCAAAGAGUCGGCCCCUCUGGACCCCCGCUGUGGGCUGGUUCUGGACCAGGGCACGUGUCGGGACUACAACAUCCGCUGGUACUACGACCGGCAGGCCAACGCCUGCGCCCAGUUCUGGUACGGAGGCUGCAGCGGCAACAAGAACCGCUUCGACACGGAGGAGGAGUGCAAGAGGACGUGUGUGGUUUCCAGAUCCACCGGAGGCUGAGGGAAUUCGUCUGUCCUACAUCUGCUGUACAGACUCCAAGGAGGGGCAGCUAGAACCACUCGUUCUCCACAGGGUUGUAAAGGUCCUUUCAUAAAUCUCAGGCACACACACUGAUGUUCCGUAUCUCCACUACAUCCCCGUCUUUGAGCCCCGUCCUCCAGCACUUCGAGUCAGAUGAUCCUGGACAGACACCUCCGUUGUUUUUCCUCCACAUCUUCUACUCAGGAAUACAGACGAGCGCUGCAGUCUGAACUUCAUACACAAAAAGCAACCCAUCGACACAGAUUAACCCUCCUGUUGUCCUCAUUCACAGCCAACAAAUAUAUUGUCUUCUUGUCUGAAAAUAAAAAUCCAAAACUUCAGCAAAAAAAAAUCCCAAAUUUAUAAAAUUUUGCAAAACCUUCAGGGAGAAAAUUCCAAAGAUUCUUUAAAAGUUUCCCUUAAAAGUUUUAUUUAAAAAAAAAUCCCCCAGAUUUUGCAAGAAAUAAAAAAUAAAAUAUAUAAAAACUGUAAAUAUUUUCUAAAAAUGAGGAAAAAGUUUCCAAAAAAAUCCUAAAAGUAUCUAGAGUGAUUACAUUUAUAUCAGUAAUAUUUUCUUUAAGAACAUUCACAGAAUUUUGGUUGAUUUUUGUCUGAAUGUUCUUAAAUAAACAUUUUUUUAAUAUUUCCUUUUUUCCCACAAAAAAACAUUCAAAAAUGUACCAAAAAUGUGGAAGUUUUCACGAUGAAAAUGUAAUUUUUUUCCCACAUUUUCAAACUUUAAAACGGGUCAAUUUGACCCGCAGGACGACACGAGGGUGAAAGUUUUAUUUUUAAAAAAUACAGAAUAAAGAAAAUUCUUGUAAAUAUUUUUUAAAAAAUGAGUAAAAAUGUUUUUAAAAAAUCCUAAAAAUAUCUGAAGUGAUUACAUAAAAAUCAGUAAAACUUCUAAUAUUUUCUUUAAAAACAUUCACCAAAAAAAUCAACCUAAAUCAACCAGAUUUUGGUUGAUUUUCGGUGAAUGUUCUUACGAAAAAUUUCUUUAUUUCCCACCAAAAAUGUUCAGAAAUUUCCCAAAAAGUUGAAAAUGUGAACAUUAGAAGUUUCACUGUGAAAAUAUGUAUUUUUCUUUUCACAUUUUCAAACUUUAAAGGACGACACGAGGGUUAAAACGACCUGCAGCUGAUCUUCCUUCUAUUAGUGUUUAACCGACACCACCUGACGCCCCUUAUAUCCAUCAAAUAUAUGUGUAACUUACAUUUUGUGCGUUUUUUUUAAUGUGUUUUCUUAUAGUUCUUAAAUGAAAAAUGUGAUGUUUUGUAAGCUUCUAACACUGAUGGACACACACUCACACACUGCCCUCUACUGGUGGAGCAGAAUCAUUAAAUCCAUCCAGAAACACUGUAAGAUGUCAAACGUUUCUAAUAAAUCUGAUCCGAACUAAA